AUGGACGCGUUCUCGAUUGCAUUAGGUGACGAAGUAACGGAUGCAGACGAUGAGACGUUUGAUCUCUUCUCUCAAGGUGCCGCUCUUUCGAACCUCGGGAUGCUCGAUGCGAAAGCUGAAGUUCUGGAAGUCUGUAUAGCUGACCGUGACUAUACCAUCACCCAGUCCCCGGGCAUCCUUCAGUCAGGACGGCAGCAGGGCACCACCGGAGCAGCCGUUUGGCAGACUUCGAUCAGGCUUGCCAGCUGGCUGGCAUUGCCGAAGAACGUCCUGUUCAAGGACAGCAUUCUCGGGCCAGAAAGCGUCGUGCUCGAGCUGGGUGCCGGCAUUGCAGGCUUGGUCGCCAUGUUCGUUGCACCGAAGGUCCGCUCAUAUGUGGCCACUGACCAGCAGCAUCUGCUGAAGCUACUCCAAGCCAACAUCGACCAGAACACUGCGCGCGUCCCCCGAGUAACACCCCGGAACGGACGCAGACCCAGCACGGAGCGCUGCGCAAAUCAGAACAUCAAAGUCCUCGCUCUUGAUUGGGAAGAGGACGAUGUGCCCAAGCACCUGUCUGUUUAUGGCCUGGGUGAGGGUGUAGAUGUUGUUCUGGCCAGCGACUGCAUCUUCAAUUACGCCCUCAUCCCGCCUUUUGUACAAGCCUGCGUUGAGGUUUGCAGUCUUCGCAAGCACGACCGCGACCAUGGCGACUCCGAAUGGCGCCCGACGGUGUGCCUUGUCGCACAGCAAUUGCGGCAGUCAGAAGUCUUCGAGCAGUUUCUGAACGCAUUCAUGAAGCCUUUCCGUGUCUGGAGAGUGCCCGAUGGCAUGAUCAGCAAGGAUCUGGGCGGUGGGAGCGGUUUCGCCAUUCAUGUCGGUAUACUCCGCUAG